AUGAUGGAAGAGGAAAGCGCAGAGCCUGCGCCGGUGGCCUUUCGAGCCACGAGCGAUGACAUGAAUGAGUGGAAAGACUUGGAUUCUACGCUAGGAGUGCCGAAACCGUGGUCGAUGGUUGAUGUACCUGACCUCUUCCUUACCAAUCUGAUCCAUGAUGUGGAUCACACGUUCGCGGAUGAUUCGCUCACAGAGUUCUCCAGUACGAUGAACCACUCCGGAAGCGACUCUGAGAGUAGCUCUGAUGCCUUCAAAGAUUUCAUGAUGCGCCAGUCAUCGCCAGAGAGUUUGUCCAACACACCUCCGCUUGUUCACAGCUGCGGUGACGGUGGCGUCGACGGCACCACGACAAGUCCGCCUGAUUUUCCCCUGGAUACUCAAGAUAUGGCGCCUCUCACGAACCAGCAACUCGCCUCUAUCUUUGGGUUUCCGCCGACGUCUUCGUGUAACCAAGAGCCCGUUCAGGGCAUUUCGCCCUCGUCAGUUCAGCAAAGUCCACCUGUGUCGAUGCAUAAACCCGAAAUACCUGUCCAAACUACUUCUCCCGUUUCUGAGUCGCAAGCCUCAUCAGGCUCGCCGACGCAAGAAUCCAUCCUGGCUUCGCUUCACAUGCAACCAGGCAGUAACAGCAAUGCGAUGACAGCCUUAAAUCGUUUGCGUGCUGUCACACAUGAAUGUGAGCAAAAGAAGCAGGAGAAUAAGCAACAGCAAGUGAAAUCAUCAUUGUCCUCGGCGACAACGCCACAGUCUUCUUCCUCAUCGAACGUGCCAUCCGACGGAAGUGAAAUGUGGACACGUAAAAAUGCUCAUAAUGCGAUUGAGCGUCGAUAUCGGAGUAACAUUAAUGACAGAAUUGCAGGACUGCGCGACGUAGUGCCCGCAUUGCGUGAGAUGCAGUCACGAGGACCACGACGUAAGCGACGGCGUGGAAAGGCCGAGGAAGUCGAAUUAGUGGAUGGCAUCCGCGCUGCUACUAAGCUAAGUAAAGCUACCAUCUUAAGCAAGGCCACCGAGUAUAUUUGCUAUCUCAAGUCUCGCGAAGUGCGCUUGAGCCGUGAGGUGGCCGGUCUGCAUAUGCUGCUCCGCAGUCUCGAGGGCGGUGACGAGCUCAUGUCGCAGUGGAAUGCCGAGAUGGAACGGCUGCACGCCAUGUACCCACCAAUGGAUGCAGUGUACCCAGACGGUCCCGCACCGCCCCUGUCACCCUCGGAAGAUGCAGAAGAAGGCGAUCUUGUCGACGAAUCGGAUGAUGCAGACGACUCUGAGUCCGUGUCGUCCGGUGGUGAACCUAUGCGUACCAAAGCAGCGCGGUACAUGCUGGGUGCAUUUUUGAUUCCAUCCUUACUUGGACGUUCUGAUUGGGGCACCGAGGCACCGGACGCGACGCCGCAAGCACAUGUCAUGGGUGUUUGUCACCAGCUAUGGAAGCGAUCGCUGGGUUCAUCGGACACGGUCCAUCCCUAUAAUCAUGUUCCCCUUUCUGAUCUUGUGUGGGAACUUUUGCGUGGCUGUGCACUCCUGGGUUUGAUCGUGGUUGUCCUCAUGUCGGUCGGGGCGCAUAUUCGUCGAUGGUGUCGGCGACUGGAGUUGAAGCAGUCAUCGCGACUGCAGUAUGUCGCAGGCGCUGAAGCCUUGCUGCGUACACCUGUUGAGCAGGCCCAGGUGGCCGAGCCUAUGCAGCCAGCUCAUGCCAAGCGAAUGUAUGCUCAGCUGAGUGAACUGCUGCAUGUGCCACGUACAUACAUGGCACUGUCCUGGCGCAUCGCAUGGACAUGUUUGUGCCUCAUUACGACUCUCUUUCCGGGUGUGACGGCAUGGAUCCGGUACGCAUCGGCUGAUCCAACGGUCUCGUUAUUGUACAGGCGCGCGCACAUGCGCCGCGCUGAGCUCGAGCUUACGCUGGGCGGUGACAUCCAGCCGAGUCUGGCACAGCGUCUGUACACACUAGUCGUGUUGCAAUUCGCUGCUUGUAUCUACUGCGCCACGGUGGACGAGUCGUUACUUUUAGCGCUCAUGUAUUGCGACUUGGCGCAGCGCACAAGAAUACCACUUCUUAUGCGGCAUGGCGCAUAUCUGUGGCGCAAGACGGGUGCGCGUCUUGUGGAUGCACCGAACUCGGACGAGACCUCUCAGCGUAUGUUGGCAGAGUUGCUCAGUGUUCCUGUGCCGCAGGCAUUAGCGUACGCUCGAAGCAACGCGACGGAGGCAUCUGUCAUCGUAUCGCCUUUGGCCAACAUGCUAGAGGCACUGCGUCAGGAGGCGUUGUUGUCGUAUUGGACAACGAUCAUCACGAGUAUGAUGCGGACGGCAUCUUCGGCAGAGAAGCGGUGGAGUCCACACGUGCUGGAUGUCAUCCAGGACUCGGCGUCUCUGAGAGGCAUCCAGCAGCAGCUCCAUGCUUUGUCUCGAGAUGGCGCUUCGAGCGCUGCGUUGCAUGAACAGAUGCUUGUGGCGCAGGGCAUGCUUGAACUAGCUGCUGGACAACUGACGCGCGCACAAAUGCACGCGCGCUCGCUGAAGCAACAUCAGCCGUCCUCGCUUGCUGCGCAGCAAUUUUUGGCCCUAUGGAAAGAUACACCGCUCGUGGCGAGUGCACCGAGGGGCCCGGUUGACAUGCUCGCCAGUGUGGUGAUUGGGUGGUUUGUCCUGCUGCGCAAGUAUCACCUUCAUGGCGGGACACACGAGGUCAGUGACCAGGUGGCUGCAUGCACGUCAACCUUGCAGGAGCUGGCGUCGCAAUGCCUGUGGACGUUUGUGUCGCCGCCUGAGAAGGGAGGGCAUGUAUAUUUGCAGCCCGAGCAAGCGCCAUGCCUCGUCCAUGCGCUGGACCUGCUGAUGGAUCAGCUGAGCCCGUAG